AUGGAAGGACCAAAUGGCCCAAGUCUUUAUCAACAAAUCAUAUCGUCUUCGCAAAACACUCCUUCGUCAAUCAACAUUCAUACCAAUUCUUCUGCCAUUCUUCCAAUUGUUGAACCUCAUCAUCAAAUUCUUUCCAAAGUUCGUACCAAUGGUGAUGCAUCAUUAACUUCAGAGAAGAUUUACGACGAAAUUGAUGAGUUGAAAUUCGAAAUCAAAACUCGAGCAGCUACAGCAGUAUCUGCAGCAAACAUCAAAGCUGUUAAAUCCAAGAGAUCUUCAUUCAUAUCAAAAAUUCUCAAUUUCCAUCGAAAUCCACCACAUUCACUUUCAAUACAAAGCCACUGCCAAAAUUUCAGAAUGUCUCCCUCUGCUUUACGAGAACGAGGAGCUGUUAAUAUCGAACAUCGUCCUGCUGUGGUAUGUCCGCAAAGAUACACCAAGCUACAGGCCGUACCUUACAAGUGGCCUCAUGACGGUACACUGAACAGAUCUACCACCGCUUUAGUCAUUAUUGACAUGCAGAAAGAUUUUGCUUCCGCCGAGGGAUAUCUGGCAAAGCAAAGCAUUGACAAUAAGCCAAUUCUCGAUAUUGUUCCCAACAUUCGAAAACUUCUCGACACUUGCAGAGCCAAAGGAUAUCCAAUUUACCACACGCGUGAAGGCCAUCGGCCUGAUUUGUCCACCCUUUCCGAGCGUGAGAGGUACCGUUCAAGAAAUAAUUCAUCUGGACUUGGUAUUGGUGAUCGCGGCCCACUGGGACGUCUUUUGAUCCGUGGGGAGAAAGGACAUGAGAUUAUCGAUGAAUUGGCGCCUCGGUCAAAUGAGCCAGUUAUUGAUAAGCCAGGUCGAAGCGCUUUCCAACACACAGAGUUCCGGCUUAUGCUCAAUAUCAAAGGUAUCAAGAACCUGAUCAUAUGUGGUGUAACAACGGACGUUUGUGUAACGAGUACAAUGAGGGAUGCCAAUGAUAACAACUUUGAUUGCGUCUUGGUGAAGGACGCGUGUGCCGCCGGCGCCCUCGAAAAUCAUGAAAGUGCUGUCGCAUCGAUUACCGAAGAAGGAGGAAUUUUUGGCGCUGUUACAACCGUAAGAGAUGUUUUGAAUGGGCUGGGAGCUGGGUCGGCUUUGAAGAAGCACAAGGAUGGAUUCCAGGCUUCCAAUCCAGAACCAAAAUUGGCACAACACUUCAAAACCGUCUCGAAGACUAUCAUUGGUGACAAUCCAUCUUCCGAUUUGGGGAGAGAAGAUUCUGAAUUGUCUAACUCUGAGCCAAUCAUGGAACAUGAAAAUGCGGCAUUGGGGGAAGAUCAUGUAGCGAAUGAAAGGGAUAAAUAUUCGCGACGUUCCACACGCACCCGUAAUAGAUCCAAGAAGCGCAAGACUAUUCUACCCGACUACGGAGGCAAACACUAG